AUGUCUUCGUUCAUCACCACCAUGUCCGUCCCCGCUACCCCUCCCAUUGCUCAUUCCCUUGUCCCCGAAGAGUCAACCUCUCACCCACAAUCCCACUCCCCUUCCGUCUCUAUCAGCCCUUCCCAGUAUCAAACAACCCGCACUUCCCAUCUCCCUCUCUUGGAGCCUCCCUCUUAUCUGUCACCCGCAGUGCGCGCCCUCAAACAAGGCUGCUUUGGACUAACACCCCCCAGCAAUGCUCGCACCCGCGUCCCCUUCAAGCCCCGCUCCGCGGCAAAGGGUACCAGCAGCUACCAGCUGCGCCAAUUCGCCGAAGCCACGCUUGGAAGUGGUAGCUUGCGCAAGGCUGUGAAGCUGCCCGAAGGCGAAGACCUGAAUGAAUGGCUCGCUGUUAACAUUGUCGAUUUCUACAACCAGAUCAACUUGCUCUACGGCUCAAUAACUGAGUUCUGUUCACCGCAGACAUGUCCUGAGAUGAAGGCGACAGAUGAAUUCGAGUACCUCUGGCAAGACUCGGAGAAUUACAAGCGCCCAACCAAGAUGUCGGCACCGGAAUACAUCGAGCACUUGAUGGCCUGGGUCCAAAGCAACGUCGACAACGAGCAGAUGUUCCCCAGCCGAAUCGGCGUCCCCUUCCCAAAGAACUUCCCUAGCCUCCUUCGCCAGAUCUUCAAGCGUCUAUACCGAGUCUACGCCCACAUAUACUGCCACCACUACCCGGUGGUCGUACACCUCGGUCUCGAGCCCCACCUCAACACCAGCUUCAAGCACUACGUGCUGUUCAUCGACGAGCACAAGCUGGCUAGCGGGAAGGACUACUGGGGCCCCUUGGGUGAUCUGGUAGAUAGCAUGUUACGCAGUGAUUAG